UACUUUCAGCUGUUUUUGACAUCAACUUGUAAAUAUUUACGUGUCUUUUGUGAAAUUUUUGUAAUUUUUGCCGGCUUUUUCACUGAUUUCAUUUUUUACUUCUGAAAUGCACAAGAAGGUCAUCUCCAUAUUUCUUACUGUGCUGAUUCUCAGCAUCCUAGUCAGUGGCACUCUUUCCCCAAGUGACAAACAUAAAAAUAAAAAGAAAAAAGAAUUGAAUGAACGGAAAGGACCAGUUGAUAAAAGUGUUUUCGAUCGUGGCCUUGUAGAAGAUGAACCGUCCCCAACAGAUAUCUUAGUUGAAAAUGGAGCUUAUUUUAAGGAUACAAGUAAACGAGUCUUUCAAGGAACCAGUUUGGGGUAUAUUACACCAUGGAACAACCACGGAUACGACAUUGCGAAAAUGUUUGCCAAAAAAUUCGAUCUAAUUUCACCCGUCUGGCUACAGAUUCUUCGAAAAGGUGACAAUAAGUACGAACUGGCGGGAACGCAUGAUAUUGACUCAGGCUGGAUUAAAGAUGUCCGGAAAGCUGGUCAUAAAAAUAUACAAAUUGUUCCUCGAAUUAUAUUCGACAAGUUCACAGAUCAGGACUACACUAAACUUCUAUCCCACGAUAGCGAACAACGGGCAGUUCAGUCUUUAAUCGUGAAAUCCUGUAAAAAGUUCAAAUUCGAUGGUAUUGUCUUAGAAAUUUGGCCACAACUUGCACUUCGGGUUGAUGACAACAUCUUGUAUAAUCUUGUGAUUGGAAUAGCCACUGCCUUAAAAGAGAAGGAUUUAAAAUUAAUCCUGGUUGUACCGCCACUUCGCAAAGAAACCCACGACCUGUUCAGCCCGAAGCAUUUCGAAGCUCUUCAAGAGCACGUCUAUGCAUUCUCCUUAAUGACCUACGACUUUUCGAGUGUACAGCGCCCAGGCGCAAAUGCACCCCUUCACUGGAUGAAGAGAACUGUUGAACACAUUGUUCCGAUAACUGCCAGCAAUUUUGAAGUCAAACGCAAGAAGAUCUUAUUGGGAUUGAACAUGUAUGGAAAUGAUUACACACCAGACGGUGGUGGCCCAAUAAUUGGUCAUCAGUUCUUAGAACUUUUGAAACAUGCGAAGCAGAGAUUGCGUCACGAUGAACUCGAUGCAGAAAAUUUCUUUGAAGUCAAAACUCCAUCUGGUCGUCACUAUGUUUUCUAUCCCACACUAUAUUCAAUUAAUGAACGGUUGAAUCUGGCACGGCAGCUUGGAGUUGGUGUCUCACUGUGGGAACUAGGGCAAGGCUUAGAUUACUUCUACGAUUUGUUUUAGAAUUCUUGUAGUGUUUACAAAUAUAAAUUAAACGUUUUGAAUGCGUGUAAAUUGAUUUAGGAAAUUACAUGUUGACUUUUCAUUAACGCUGUGAGCAAUUUGUAGUAAAAUAUAAUAGAAAAUAAAGAAAAUACAAUAUUUGUACAA